GAUCGCUUUCUUCUCAUUUCCAAAAAGAAAUACAGCAUUGAAAAAUUUUCUUGGGAAGAAAAUGACUCACCUAUGUGAAACCAGGUGGACUGAGAGGCAUGAUGGAGUUCUUCAGUUCACAACCAGUUUACCUGAUAUCCUGGCUUGCCUACAUAAAAUUUCUGAGUGGAAGGAUAAAAAAACCUCAGGCAAAGCAUCCUUAUUGAUAACCGCCUUAUGUGACAGUAAACUAAUAAUUGGUUUAUUUUGCCUUAGUGAUAUCUUGAGUUUAUCUCUGCCAUUGAGUAGAAUACUACAAAAAGAAACACUGGACCUUUGUAAGUCAGCCGAACUUCUAAAUAGCCUUCUAGAGCUGUUGAAUGAGAGAAGGCAAAACAGUAUUGAGUACUUCAAUUGUGUCUACAUGCAAGCCCAAGAAAUCGCCAGGAAAUUGGACGUUGAACUGAAAAUCCCAAGAUUAUGUGGGCGUCAAACUCAACGGUCCAAUCAUCCAUCAGCAACAACAGAAGAGUACUUUAGACUCACAGUGUAUGUUCCAGUACUGGAUAAUAUAAUUCAGGAUCUAAAGACAAGAUUCACAUCUGAUGUCCUUAACGUAUUCCACCUCCCCCUACUGCUUCCAGAGGGAAUUGUAAAUACUAGUGUGCAAGAUAUGCAAAAAUCAAUUGAUCCUAUUAUGAAUAGAUUUGGUUCAAUAAUGAAAGAUAAUCGUGACCUGUCUUCCCUGAAGCUUAAUGCAGAAAUGGCUCAUUGGAGAAACAAAUGGCAGAGAUAUAAUAAGGAAGGGUUGCCAUUACCAACAAACGCUUUGAAUGUCUUGAGAGAAUGCGAAAAAGACAUCUACCCAACGAUCCAUUUUCUAUUGAGAGUUUUGUGUACUUUACCUGUAAGUAACGCAAGCUCAGAAAGAUCUUUCUCAACUCUGCGGCUCUUAAAAACUUGGUUGAGGAGUACAAUGUCGGAGAACCGUCUAGUAGGAUUGGCCCUACUUUACAUACUUUACAUUCACCCGGAUAUAGUUAUAGAUCCUGAAAAAAUUGUUGAGAGGUUUGCCAAAUCAGGGACCCAUAGAAUAAUUUUAUAA